AUGCGGGUGCACGACCUGCUAACCCUCGACGUGGCCAUUACCCCGAGGCCGCUGCCCCAGCAGCAGCAGCAGGAGGAGCUCGGCCACGCCCACGCGCACACCCAGGCGCCGCGCCACGUCCGGUCCGUGUCGGAGUUGCCGUUCGAGACAGCGGCGCUGGCCUCGCCGCAGGCGAGGGCGAGGAAGCGGUGGGGCAGCCCGGAGAGGCCAACGGCGAUGUUCUCCGACUUGCACAGGGACCUGUCCAAGGGGCUCAAGAAGCUGCUGAGCUUCGUGAGGAAAGGCGGCAGGAGCGGCGGCGGCGCGGGGCGUGCGCUGGUGGCGCGGCGCGGUGGUGGACGCGAGGGGGUGGGGGUGGGAGAGUGA